CAGAGUGCCAUCUGCACCCGAUCGGAGACACGGGACACGCGCCGGUCAUCUCCUUCAAGCACCCUAUUCACCCCAAAAAGACCCCCCAAACCCGUUUCCCCUGCCCCCCUGUCACCCCGUUCAAGCUGUGGUUCGUUGCCCGUUACCCGUUCAAUUGGUCGUCGGUCUGGCGCAAUGCGAGCUUGCUCUCCAUUUUAGACAAAAACGCCCUGCGGUGCCGACACGCACCAACUUUCGCUCCCGGUUAUCCUGUCCAGACUUUCCUAAGCAGAAAUAAACAUUCUGCUCUGGGUAUCUCUUCUUGCACGUCUUGCUUUGUUUCCCGUCCUUCGACAUCGAUUACUAGUGCUGCACUACUACUACAGGCCUGGACCAGCACUUCUCCGAUCAGGGUCCUAUUCCACUGUCGCGCAGUGCAGCGUUGCUUAUCUCGUCCACACCGCACCCGUUUUCGGUGUUGCUGCCGCUCGUUCGACACUCCUUUUAUCCCUGUCAAAUAGAGAUAGAAUCGGUUCAAGAUGGCGCAGGAGAAACCCUUGGGCUUUGGCUACCAGAUUGGUGCCGGAGCCAUUGCCGGUGUAUCUGAGAUUCUCAUCAUGUACCCAUUGGAUGUGAUCAAGACGAGAGUCCAAUUACAAGGCAAAGCACCCGUCCCAGGACAAGACUACUACACCGGAAUGCUGGACUGUUUCAAAAAGAUCGUAAAGAACGAAGGACCAUCCCGACUAUACCGAGGCAUCGGGGCACCGAUCAUGAUGGAGGCGCCAAAGCGAGCGACCAAAUUCGCAGCCAACGACUCCUGGGGCGUGUUCUACCGCAAGCUGUUUGGGGUGGAGAAGGCGACGCAGCCCCUUGCCAUUCUGACGGGUGCGACAGCAGGAGCCACCGAAUCAUUCGUUGUGGUCCCGUUUGAACUGGUCAAGAUUCGACUUCAGGACCGCGCCUCGGCGGGAAAAUACAACGGCAUCGUGGACUGCGUGGUCAAGACGGUCAAGAACGAGGGUCCCCUGGCACUGUAUAACGGACUUGAGUCGACGCUGUGGAGGCACAUCCUGUGGAACGCCGGCUACUUCGGGUGUAUCUUCCAGGUCAAGGCGCUGAUGCCAAAGGUCGACAAGAAGGAUCGUGCAAAGGCCAUGUUCAACGACUUUUUGUCCGGUUCCAUCGGUGGCACUGUCGGUACUAUCAUGAAUACCCCCAUGGACGUCGUCAAGUCGCGCAUCCAAAACUCCCCUAAGAUCUUGGGCUCGAAGCCGAAAUAUAACUGGGCCUGGCCUGGUUUGGCUACCAUCUACAAGGAGGAGGGCUUUGCCGCUUUGUACAAGGGCUUCCUUCCAAAGGUCCUCAGAUUGGGCCCCGGUGGUGGUGUCUUGCUGGUUGUCUAUACUGGUGUCAUGGAUUGGUUCCGCAAGAUGGGCGCCGCUCCCAUCAGUUAGAGGUGGAUCAUGGAUAGACAAAAAGAAAAGAAUGUGAUUGAUUGCUUCUGACAAUCGGGUUGGAGUUUACGUUUUUCUGUCCCCUUUCUUUAGGAUUUCGAGAGGGAACUGUUGUCUGUUUGUCUGUCUCUAAGUUGCUUGUAUACAAAUUUGCUGGCCAACAUUUAAACUGCUCAAUUGUUCUAGUGGUGCAGUGGUGCUCACAUGCCACCUCGUAUCUUACCCCUUGUUCUGUACGGUCGUCACAUCGUACGGUAUAUAUGUGGUCACCUGAAUGUCUUGUUUGGCCUGAAGUCAGUCUCACGCAGUCUGCGCAUCGUCAAUUAUUUCUACAGCCAGCCUGCUGACUUACGGGAGUCACGAUUAGACAAAAACAAAGAAAUCACCGGGUUGGCUUUCGUCGCGGACAACAAUGGCAGUGGUAUGAGAGGUAGAGUCUAUACAGUGUGAAAUCAGAAAGCAAACAGUCGUCAGCCAGUCGUCACACUGGUAAAGAACCGGCAUAGAUGCAUCCAGUGCAUUUUGUUGCGCAAUUCUGCUUAAGGUUUUCUACUUCAUCCCGCUUCCCCGAUGGAAGGAUGGUGGACAAGGGGGGAUUUGAUACUCGUACAAAUACAGGGACGGCACCCGAGACACUGGUUAGGUACCUCCAAAGCAAACUUUGCCUGUGCAGACGCAUAACCUGUUUUAAUCCGGUCUUUGCUCUCUUCGCUUUUUAUGUCUCAUACUAGUAGUACACUCAACAGUUUCCGCAGUAAUGGUUUGCGGGGCCGGCUUUCAUAAUAGCAGAGGAUCUCUUUAUUUUCCGAGCCAAGAGGGAGCCAUCAUCAACUCAUCAUUCCAUACAACAUCAUCUUAAGUCCCAGCAAAACUGUUUCCUAAGUAGCUUGUCCAUCCCGGAGCCAGUACGCUUCAAACACCAUCCAACGCCGACGCGAAACCAGAAGCCUUAUUUUGCACGGCGGAUGUACCAUCUCGACAUUGUG